GAGAGAGAGAGAGAGAGAGAGAAUAUGGGGAGAGAGGAAUUAGAGAAGAAGAAGAAGAGUGGAGGAGGAGGGGGGAGUAUGAGAUCGAUAUUCAUGCACGCGGACGGUGCGGAUUGGACGCUGAUGGGAUUAGGGUUAAUCGGAGCCGUCGGUGACGGCUUCAACACCCCACUUGUUCUUCUCAUCUCGAGCAAGCUCAUGAACAAUCUCGGUGGUUCCUCUGGUUUCUCCUCUGAUGCCUUCAUGCAUAACAUCAGCAAGAAUGCUGUAGCCUUGCUUUAUUUGGCAUGUGCAUCUUGGGUCGCAUGUUUCCUAGAAGGGUAUUGCUGGACAAGAACGGGAGAGAGACAAGCGGCGAGGAUGAGAGAGAGAUACUUGAGAGCGGUGCUGAGACAAGAAGUCGGUUACUUCGAUCUCCAUGUCACCAGCACUUCUGAUGUUAUCACUUCUGUCUCCAGUGACUCCCUCGUCAUCCAAGACGUCCUCAGCGAAAAGAUACCGAACUUCUUGAUGAACGCGUCGACAUUCAUCGGAAGCUACGUGGUCGGAUUCAUCUUGCUGUGGAGAUUAGCCAUCGUGGGCCUUCCCUUCAUCGUCCUCCUCGUCAUCCCUGGCCUGCUGUACGGACGAGCCCUAAUGAGCAUUUCCAGGAAGAUACGCGAAGAAUACAACAAGGCUGGCUCGAUGGCCGAGCAGGCCGUCUCCUCCAUCCGCACCGUCUACGCCUUCGUCGCCGAAUCCAAAACCAUAUCCGAGUUCUCAACCGCCCUUCAAGGUUCGGUCAAGCUCGGUCUGAAACAAGGGCUUGCCAAAGGAAUCGCCAUUGGAAGCAACGGCAUUACCUUCGCCAUGUGGGCGUUUAUGUCUUGGUAUGGAAGCGGAAUGGUCAUGUACCACGGCUCACAAGGCGGUACUGUCUUCGCUGUCGCUGCCUCCGCUGCCAUCGGCGGCGUAUCACUCGGUGCUGGUUUGUCGAAUCUGAAGUACUUCUCCGAGGCGUCUGCAUCGGGGGAACGGAUCAUGGAAGUGAUAAACAGAGUUCCGAAGAUCGAUUCUGACAAUACAGCAGGCGACGUUCUUGAAAAAGUCAGAGGAGAAGUCGAGUUAAGGCACGUCAAGUUUGCGUACCCGUCGAGACCCGAAUCCAUGAUCUUCGAUGAUUUCUCCCUGAGGAUCCCGGCCGGGAAAACUGUGGCACUAGUGGGAGGAAGCGGGUCGGGAAAAUCAACCGUGGUAUCGCUUUUGCAGAGGUUUUACGACCCGGUGGCAGGAGAGAUUCUACUUGAUGGUGUAACCAUUGAUAAGCUGAAGCUGAAAUGGUUAAGAUCUCAAAUGGGUCUGGUUAGCCAAGAACCCGCCCUUUUCGCUACCACGAUAAAGGAGAAUAUCUUGUUCGGGAAGGAGGACGCCUCCAUGGACGAAGUCAUCGAAGCUUCGAAAGCAUCAAAUGCUCAUAAUUUCAUCUCUCAGUUACCGCAUGGAUACGAAACUCAGGUCGGUGAGAGAGGAGUUCAGAUGUCGGGAGGGCAGAAGCAGAGAAUCGCUAUCGCUCGUGCCAUUAUCAAAUCCCCAAGAAUUCUCCUCCUCGACGAGGCAACGAGUGCGUUGGACUCUGAAUCCGAACGGAUAGUACAAGAAGCCUUAGACAAUGCCUCGGUUGGUCGUACAACCAUCGUCAUCGCUCAUCGUCUUUCCACCAUCCGUAAUGCUGAUAUCAUCGCGGUUGUUCAGAACAGAAACAUCGAGGAAUCAGGUUCGCACGAUGAGCUGAUGCAACACGAAAACGGACUUUACGCUUCUCUAGUCCGUUUACAACAAAUGGAGAAGGAAGAGUCAAAUCUCAACAUCAACUCUGCCAAUUCGCAUGUCGCUUCGAGCACCGAUCUGAAAAGCUUGAGCAGUCGAAGGCUCUCGUUGGUUAGUAGAUCAAGUUCCGCUAACUCAGCCUCAGCUUCGAGCUUAGGCGCCACCGAUAUAUCCGAUUCGAUACCCGAGGAUAAGAAGCUUCCCGUCCCAUCAUUCAAGAGACUCAUCGCGAUGAAUCUACCGGAGUGGAAACAAGCAUUGUAUGGCUGCGUGAGCGCAACAUUGUUCGGGGCGGUCCAACCAGCUUAUGCGUAUUCUCUCGGGUCGAUGAUAUCGGUCUAUUUCUUGACGAGCCACGACGAGAUCAAAGAGAAGACGAGGAUCUACGCGUUCUGUUUCACCGGACUCGCGGUUUUUUCGUUCUUGAUCAAUAUAAGCCAGCAUUACAACUUUGCGUAUAUGGGCGAAUACCUAACAAAACGUAUACGAGAACGUAUGCUAUCAAAGUUGCUAACUUUCGAAGUGGGUUGGUUCGAUCGGGACGAGAACUCGAGUGGUGCUGUCUGCUCUCGACUUGCCAAGGAUGCCAAUGUGGUGAGGUCGCUUGUGGGAGAUCGGAUGGCAUUGCUCGUUCAAACCAUAUCAGCGGUGACCAUAGCGUGCACGAUGGGUCUGGUCAUAGCCUGGAGGUUAGCCAUCGUGAUGAUUGCGGUCCAGCCAUUAAUUAUCGUUUGCUUUUACACACGACGUGUAAUGCUCAAGAGCAUGUCGAGGAAGGCGAUCAAGGCGCAGGACGAGAGCAGCAAGCUCGCGGCUGAGGCUGUCUCAAACGUCAGAACCAUCACUGCAUUCUCGUCCCAAGAACGGAUCAUGAAAAUGCUGGAAAAGGCUCAGGAAGGUCCGAGAAGGGAGAGCAUAAGACAGUCAUGGUUCGCCGGAAUCGGACUGGGAACGUCGCAAUCUCUGACGUCGUGUACUUGGGCGUUAGAUUUCUGGUACGGCGGUAGAUUAAUCGCCGAUGGGUACAUCACAGCGAAGGCAUUGUUCGAGACGUUCAUGAUCUUGGUGAGUACUGGUCGGGUCAUCGCCGAUGCCGGAAGCAUGACGACGGAUCUCGCCAAAGGCUCUGAUGCGGUCGCAUCGGUUUUCGCGAUCCUAGAUCGCUACACAGCUAUCGAACCGGAAGAUCCAGAUGGGUAUCAACCCGAGAGAAUCACGGGUCGGGUCGAGUUCGUAGAUGUGGAGUUCGCGUACCCGACCCGACCCGAUGUGAUGAUUUUUAGGGAAUUCUCGAUUGAGAUUGAAGCCGGGAAAUCGACGGCAAUCGUGGGUCCGAGCGGAUCGGGAAAAUCAACGGUGAUUGCGUUGAUCGAACGAUUCUACGACCCGUUGAAGGGCAUUGUGAGAAUCGACGGUCGAGAUUUGCGAUCUUACCAUCUGAGAUCGCUUCGGAGGCACAUCUCUCUGGUGAGCCAAGAGCCGACGUUGUUCGCCGGCACGAUCCGAGACAACAUACUGUAUGGAAACUCCGACAAGACGACCGAUGAAUCGGAGAUCGUGGAGGCGGCAAAGGCGGCGAACGCUCACGAUUUUAUCACGGGGUUAUCCGAUGGCUACGACACGUACGUAGGGGACAGGGGUGUACAGUUGUCUGGCGGUCAGAAACAGAGGAUCGCUAUCGCUCGCGCCGUGCUGAAGAACCCGGCGGUGUUGCUCCUGGACGAAGCAACGAGCGCUUUGGACAGUCAGUCUGAGCGCGUGGUCCAAGACGCGCUCGAGCGCGUGAUGGUCGGGAGGACCAGCGUCGUGAUCGCUCAUCGCCUUAGCACGAUCCAGAACAGCGACGUGAUCGCGGUCUUGGAGAAAGGAAAGCUCGUGGAGAGUGGAACCCACUCGUUCUUGUUGGCAAAGGGACCCGUGGGAGCUUACUUCUCAUUGGUCAGUCUCCAGCGGACCCCAUCGAGGUUAUCAGACAACUAAAUAAAAAAAAAAUAAGGCAUUGUUUCUUGGGAAUAUAUAUAUAUAUAUACAUAUGAUGUGUAUAAAUAUAUCUGUAACUGUGUGAGGUAAAGGUUGGACCUUUGUAGCUUUUAGUCUCCAA